UUUCUCCUGUGUGUGUUUAUCACUCUACUCCGAAUUACCAUGUGAGUGCAGGUCACUAUGACACAGGUCACUCCAACAUGAGUGUCCCUCUCUUCUGUUUGAACUGAAGCGUGCGAUAACAAAGUGCACACUGUGAUAGAAUUAGCAGCAAAGUCACAUAUCUAUCUCAUUAGCAGAGGAAGCGGGGGAACGCAGAGUGGGAGAAGAAAUAAAGGUUUUGAAGGGAAAGAGAUCAUGGUGAGACGGAACGUGGGACCAUCUACUCGUUCUGUCUAUAUAUGUCUGGCUUGCCUUUCUGUUGCUCUGCACCUCAUUCUGGCAUUCUUCUGCCUCGCUGUCCUCCAGACAGCCUGCGUCCUUCCCAACUCCUAUUCCUCCUCCAUCAGUCCAAGAACAGAUACCCGGAAGCAUCAUCCAGUCUCCUCCUCUUCACAUAAACUAUCGAUAAGUUCUGAGAAUGACAAAUUUCACAAGUUAAAUGCGACCAGGUUGCCUGUGGCCACUGGCGCGGAGAAAAAAGUGAUCGGUGCUGGAAAAGUAAAUCAAGUUGUCAAGAAUGCCUCGAAGCUGGAGGCACUUUACGAGCACCCGCUGUACAACCUGCCAGGACCAGAGUUGCUAGAGGACGAUUGGCUGCUCCGGGUGAAGACAAAUGAGGACGCAAGGGACACAGACAAUGGGGGUGAUGACAAGGAAGAAGGCAUCAGUAGUGACAGUCAGUGGCAGAGUGCAAGUCAGGAGGAAGGUUAUGACAAAGUCUCUUGGACCAGCAAUGCAGAGACGCACCCGCCAUGGCUGCGGUUCCACUUGGGCAUCACACGGUGGGAACUAUACAACAGGAAGGACUCCACUGUUGCAAAGCUGACUCACUACUUGGCAACGCAACAUAUUCUUGGAGCAGUUCAAAAAUCCGGAGGUACUCAGCUCAAACUGCUCAUAUCGUUCCCAAACUACGGACAAGCUCUGCUAAAACCCAUGAAACAAUCCAGAGACGCAGAGACUGACGUGAACCUUUUCUACUUCUCUGACUUUGAAAGACACAACGCGGAGAUCUCGGCUUUUCACCUUGACAGACUGCUGGGCUUCAAUAGAAUCCCGCCAGUGGUCGGUCGUCUCAUCAACAUCACCAGAGAGAUCAGAGAGAUUACCACGGACCGCAAGUUGUCUCGUACCUUCUUUACUUCCCCUGCGGGGAAUGUGUGUUUCUAUGGCCAGUGUGAAUACUACUGCUCAACCGAGCACCCACUGUGCGGCCAGCCACACUUACUGGAGGUAUCCUUGGCCGCCAUGCUACCGGACCUCAGCCUUGCUCCUCGCAGGUCAUGGAGGUCGCCAUGGAGACGAUCCUACAGUCGCACAAAGCUGGCACAGUGGGAGAAAGACCCAGCCUACUGUGACACUGUCAAACAAACACCUCCUUAUAACCACGGCACCCGACUGGUGGAUGUUAUCGACAUGGCCAUAUUGGACUUCCUCAUGAGCAACAUGGAUAGACAUCACUAUGAGACGUUUGAGACAUUUGGCAAUGACACUUUCCUGCUUCAUCUGGAUAAUGGACGAGCGUUUGGGCGUCACUCUCAAGAUGAGAUGUCAAUUUUAGCUCCCCUACAGCAGUGCUGCAGGAUCCGUCGCUCCACCCUCCUUCGCUUGCACCUCUUGUCCCUUCCGGACUUCCGCCUGAGCGAUGUCAUGAGGGAGUCUCUGGCCCAAGAUCCUUUGGCAGUCGUGGCGCCCCUACUCUCUGAGCUACACCUCAAUGCUUUGGACCGACGCCUCGCAACAGUCUUGCAUGUGGUGAAGACCUGUCAACAGCACCAUGAUGAAGUUGUUCUAAAUGACCUGGGAGGAUACAAGGGAGAAUAUGAGUAACAAAGUAAAUAAACUAUAAAAUAACUAUAAUUGGUCAAUAUUGGACUGGCGUGUUUGACUUAUUUUGUUUAAAAAAAAGUUUCAAAGGCUACUUUUACCAAGGAGCGAAACAUGUUUUUAUGGGAGGGGGGACUCGUCUUCCACUUUGAAAACCCUUGCUUUAACAUAAUACUGUAUACAAGAUACAGUAUUUAUAUAUACAUAAGAAUCAAAACCGACAAUAAUUAAAUAUAUACCUAUAACUUACA